AGGGAGAAUAUAUUAAACUUAAGGUCAUUGGGCAGGACAGCAGUGAAAUUCACUUCAAGGUGAAAAUGACAACGCAUCUAAAGAAACUUAAAGAAUCAUACUGUCAGAGACAGGGAGUCCCAAUGAAUUCACUCAGGUUUCUCUUUGAGGGUCAGAGAAUUACUGAUAAUCAUACUCCAAAAGAGCUCGGAAUGGAAGAAGAAGAUGUGAUUGAGGUUUAUCAGGAACAGACAGGAGGCCAUUCAACAAUUUAGAAUGUUUGUUUUCCCCCCCCCCCCUUUUCCCUUUCUCCUUUUUUAUUUUUAAAUAAUAGUUCUUUUGUAAUGUGGUAUAUAACACUGAAUUAAAACCAACACCACAUUCCUAUGUUUUUAAAUAUUAUUUCCAAGUUGUCUGUUUUUUAAUUCUUGUGCUCCUUAUACACUGUCAAUUGUGUCUGACUUUGGUGAUCCUCCUGCAGUUGUGCUUCCCAAUUUUUUCCCAUUUCCUUUUUAGAAAAGCAGCUGUCUACACUUGCAGUUACAUGUUGGUGAGGGCCGUGUAUCCAAGCCUUGACUAUUUAGCUGUGGGCCGGUUUUUACUAUUCACGUUAGCCUGAAAUUUAGGUGUGUGGAUUUUUAUUUGUGGAUUUUAAGAGAAGAAGAUACGGAAGCUUUUUUUGGAAUAUAAACGGAAGGAUUGUGCCCUAAUAUUAAGAAGAGUUUUCUGCAGAUUUUAUUGGGAAGUAUCCAAAUACUGGUGGCAAAAAUGUGGUUUCUUUAUGGUAACAUUCUCUUUGAAAUGGCUUCACUGAGGUUAAUAUGGAAAUUGUUUGGGGUUUUGUCAACAGAAGAUCCUAGGAAAGUUCUAAUUAAUGUACACCUUCAUGCAGCAAGAGUUAAUGAUUUUUAUGUUGUACCUGUUUGCCUGGAAUGUGGUUUUUCAAUGGACAUAGAUUGUAUUGGCUUCCCAUUAAAUAAAUAAGAGGAAACAAAUUCAUAAACCUCUGCAUUUUCUUUUUAAGAUAUAUAUUUGGAAGAUUAUUUGAAAAACUAGUGAAGAAUAUUUAAAGAAGAUAAUUUUUUUAUCAAUGCUGGAGGAUGUUAACACAGGAAAAAAAAUUGAUUCGCCUUUGAGAAUUAGCAAUUUCCCUACUGCUUGCUCUCAGUAUAUAAGUAGAAAUCAAGAAUUUAUCUUUCACUGGGAGUUGUAUUUUGUAAUUUGUAGAUCCGGAACUCUGAAAAUUAAUGGUAAAGUAAUGAAGAAUAAAUAUGGAAAAAAUAAAAAAUGCUAUCCAGACACCUUCAUUGGUUGGUGUUUAAAAAACAGGGGUGUACCAAUUCUUCAGUUUCAAAGAAUCACAGAAAAUAUUGGGACUCAAAUUAGAUAUGAAUAACCUAACCUAUUGAUUUCUUAAUUAAUACCAAAUAACAUUAAUUAGUGUUAAUACGUUAAUACUACCUUGUAAUCUGUAUUGGGUCUUUUAAAACCUAGAUACUUUGAGGAGUUCCGUGCAUCCCAUAUGCAUGCACUAUUAGUGUGAUAAAGGUUAGAAACACUGAAAAAAACACUGAUCCAAAAUCAAUAUCCUCACUUUUUAGAAUUCAAGACUUCAAUAGGUUUAGGAUUGAAAACCUGGCAUUAAAUCCUGUUUGUACAAAGAAGUAAACUAGUUUAUUUUUCAGACAGCUCCCAUUGGCAAUCUUAGAGUGUAAGUACCUCUGAAAAUAAGUUAAUUUUCUGGAAAUAAAUUAUUCGUGUUUGGAAAUUAUGUGAAAUAGUGUUCUGGAAUGAGGCCUGAUCAACCAAACCGUUUUUUCCCCCUAAGUGAUUGUCUUAAUUCAAAACAUUCUAUCUUCAUAUCUCUUUUAGCCAAUUGCAAAACUGUCAUAGAAAACCUGUCAAUGCUAGAAAAUUUUUUUUAGCCCAGGUUCGCAAUAUUGAUUGGCAGGACUAGAAACGCUGUUCUACCUCGGGUUUAUUUUUGUUGCCAGGGGAAUGGGAAAGGUCAGAAAUUAGGACUGCAAUGUUCUUACGCAUUCUUUAACAAGCCAUUUAAUUGUAUUUAAUUUUCAGGCACUUAACUGUAAAGUGUUAAAUGGAUCUUCUCCAAUGCUUGUAGUUUCCAUGUCCCACUUCUGAUGC